ACAUUAUGUGGUGAGCCCAGCUGGAGAGGGAAGAAUUCACUUUCAGUUUUGUUUCGGAAUGAAUGAGAAACGAAACUUAGACAAGAAAAAUGCCUCAGACUCAGAGCGAGGACCUCGCGGCACCAGACACAAUGGCGGAAAUAGCGGAUACUGAAUUACCCAAAAUAUCUUGCAUCCUGACCCCUCUACAGAAAGAAAUCUAUCAGCAUCUGCUGAAUAAAGGGCGGCAGACGGCUAUGAACAUCGCAAAGGCUGUAAAGAAAGAAAGAGCCAAAGAGGUGAAUCCAGACCUGUACAGUAUGAAGAAGAUGAACUUGUUGGAGUAUAAUUCCUCGGAUAAGCUCUGGAAUAUUAGAGCAGCAGCUGCCAGAGAUUCAGAUAACAAUGGAAGAACUGGAGACAAAGUAACAGACAAUUCCAGCGACUCAGUCGACGGCACAGACAAUAAUACUGGAGCAAUUACAGCAGGGAAUCAAUUGGCUUUGAAGAAGAGUAUGAGCCAGUUAACAGAGCUGCAGAAAAGUAUCUUCACCUUCUUGAAGUCAAAUAAGCCAUCGAAAGCUGUAACCAUAGCCAAAGGGGUGGGGAAAACGACGGCAAAGGAUGUGAACCCUGCUCUGUACAGGAUGAAGGCCUUAAAUCUCCUUAGCCAUGAUGAGAUGGAGAAACUGUGGACCAUUGACACAGGCAUCACUCGUACAGUAAGUGGAUCUCCGAACCCCAGUUCAGAAGACUCCAGCGCCAACAGGGACCUAACUACCGCUGUAGCAGCCAUGGCGGCUGCUAUAGGACCUAUGGUCUCAAGUGGGCCCGAGCUGAAUGGCAAUUUACUGUCCCCUAACCAGUCCCACAUUGAAAUCGACGACUGCAAACUCCCCCACAAAGACGUGAGAAGGGAUAGUGGCAUCAAAGUGACGAGUCCAUAUACCGAUAAUACAACGAGUGAUGAGCCGAAUCUGACAGAAGACCACACAAGUCAUUACCUGCAACACGGAUCCCAAAUAUUGUCUGCACCACUGACUGUAAUUAAAAACUACCAGUUUAACAUUCAAGGAUGCAGCUGUUUCACAGUGGGCGAUACUACGUGGCUUAAUAAAUGGGAUGCAGAGCCAAUCAGAGAAGGUAAUGGAGAUAUUAAUUUCCAAUAUGAAUAUCGUUAUCCAGACAUCACAGCGCAGGAGGCGGAGCAAGAACAGGACUCAGCGCUUGGCCAAAGUCAACAAUCCAGAGACGAUUUAAUCAGUGAAUUGAGUCUCUUAAGCACUGAUGAAGACGAGGGACCGCUCAGUGCACCUUGUACCUCCUCCCCUAUGCCCUCCAGACACUACAAUCAAGCCUUACCUUUCUCAGGGAUUUGUGAUGCACUUGAAAAUGUGACCCUAGACGACCAGGACAAUGGCGAACAGUGUGCAGAUAUCACCUCGGCAGAACAGCUCCUCACAUGAACCCUCCACCUGUUUCUGCUGCACACUAAGAGUUCUGUCAAGGACUAUAUGACCAGCUGCUAUGUCAGUGCCUACUGAUGCCUUAUUACAUCCUAAUGGCAAUUCAUUUUUACAUAUUUUCAUUAGAAACAUUUGUUAAUUGUUUACAGUAAAUUGGUGGUUUAC